AGGUACCUGUUCAGACCGAAAGAGCAAAGACUAACACUUACUCAGUCAGGUCAUUUUAAUCUUGGGGACUCACAAAAAGCAAUUAAAUUGAUACCAUGGCAACGAAUGAAGAGACUGAUCUAGGUUCGGAUGAUAAACAGUACCCGUUAAUGAUAAUACACGAAAAUGUGGAUCGACCAGUAGAACAACGGGAACCAGCAAGUUAUCGUGGGUUAGCAAAUCAACGCGGUAGAUCACGAGGAUUUCCUGUUCCGGCAGACCAGGAUGAAUCCAUAGUUCGGGUAAACAGCGGAUUAGGAAGAGGCAGGGGAAGAGUUCGAGAAAGAGGUUCUUACAGGGAAAGACCACGUGGAUCGAGAUAUCAGAGUUCAGACAGAAGGUAUGAGGAGUUUGAUAAAAGUAUUGGUCAUAGAGGUAAUGCGAGUAGGCAUCGAGGUCGUUUUCAAACUACGUGUAAUGCAUCUAUGAGAGAAAGGAAGCAUGAUAAAGUUUUAUAUGAUAGAAGAGCACAUUUUUGGGAACGUCAAGGAGGUAAUAGAACUAACGACAGUGCCACAAAUGAGGUAAAUACUUCAGUACACAAAAUAACACCUACAAGAGUAAAAAAACUGUCAGAAUCAAAUUUGAUAACCCUAUCAAAAUCUAAAGAAGAACCAGACGAACUUUUACUAAAAGUAGAUAAACUUUCAACAGGCUUUAUCGAUAUUCUUAGAAAACCACUCGACCCACAUUUAGUUUAUUAUGUAGUACGAAUUUUGAGUAUCAUCGUUCAUUCCACACAGACAGCUCAUUUAAGAGAUAUCAUGAGAGAAGUUGAAUCACAUAUGUUAAACAACCUUUCAGUUCUGCUUCAUGAUUUAAGCAUGAAGGAUCAAAAUCUGUCAAAUUUAUGGGAAGUUCAAAGUAACACAGAAAAGUUUCUUUUGAAUAUUAUAGAAAUUUUAAAAGUCAUUCUCACAAUCAUUAGUCCAUCGCUAGGUAAGUGUUCAGCUUUACUUAGUGCAGCUAGGAAAGUUAAAGAAGAGCUUAAUUUAGAUAGUAUAGAAGCUGCACUUGAAGACGUUGAAACCCUUUUAAAAACAGUUAAAACAAACAAAGAAUUAAAAGAAAAGAAACAAGUUGAUGUACGUUCUAGCACAAAGACACAGACAGAGCCUCCAAAUUCUUUUCGUGAAAUACCUGUAUUCCCAGAGCUUAAAGAUCUUCAAUUAGAUGAAAAACCAUUUCUUAGGGCAAAUAAAGUUCAAGGCAAGUAUGACAACCUUGAAACUUACCUGGACAUACAGUACCGCCUGCUACGCGAAGACUACAUGCAACCUUUGCGUAAAGGCAUUUCUGAAUACCGUGAAUGUAUGAAGUCGGGUGGGUCGGUCAGAAAAAUUAAAGAGCUGAAACUGUAUCAGUCUGUCAAAAUUAUGUAUCCAGUCUGUUCUCGACAAGGAAUUAACUAUGUUUUACAGUUUGACGUAUCAAAUCUCAGGCAUUGCAACUGGACAAGAAGACUGAUACAUGGCUCUCUUCUUUGUUUGUCUAACGACAAUUUUGAUACUGUUUGGUAUGCGACAGUCACAGACAGGGACGAAUUGCAGUUGAAAGACGGAAACCUUACAGUUCACUUUGAAAAUGCUAAUGAACUUUCCGAUAGUCAGAGAAAUGCAGAGUUUGUUAUGGCUGAAACUUCUGCUUUCUUUGAAGCGUAUAGAUUUAUUCUCGAGGGACUUCAGGAAAUUGAAGAUCACAUACCUUUUGAAAGAUAUUUAGUUAACUGUGAAACGUCGGUCAAGCCUCCAAGAUACCUGCUAGGUGAUGGAGGACCGUAUUUUGACUUUACAAACUUACUGCACGAAAAGCUUGAUACGCCUACAUUCCCAGUUUUGAACACGCGACAGUGGCCAAAACCUGCCGAACUUGGCUUAGAUCAAUCACAGUACACAGCCCUGCAAAGAGCGAUAACAAAAGAGCUUGCAAUAAUUCAAGGUCCACCUGGUACUGGAAAAACAUUCGUCGGCUUGAAAAUAGCUCAGCUGUUGUUGGAUAACCAAGCUGUCUGGAAAGGAAAAAGAUGUGCCCCAAUUCUAAUUGUUUGUUACACAAAUCAUGCUCUUGACCAGUUUUUACAGGGUCUGAUAGAAAUUGGAAAAACAAACAUUAUUCGCAUCGGCGGCAGGUGUAAGAACGAAUCAGUUGAACCGUAUGUUCUGCGCAAUGUCAAACACAGACGAAUAGAGCACGGACAGAUGCAUCACCAUUUAAACGAAAAUGAGAGAGAAUGUAAAGCAGAUCUGAAAGACUGCGAACAAGAAAUAGAGAAAAUCAACAGUAGAAUAAAGAAAUCUGAAACAAGGAUUCUUCAGUACGAAGCUGUUAAGUCUUUUAUGACUGAAGAGCAGCAGGAUGCAUUUGAAUCGUCGCAUACGGAAGAUGAGUUACAAAAUUGUUUGACAAAAUGGCUUAAUGUUUAUGAAUCACAGCAAACAGAAAUUGGUUUGUCGCACGAAGAGCGAAUAAAAAAGAUUUGGCAAGAAUACAUUUUGAAACAAGUUGAACCUAUGACAGACACAGAAAGGCAGUAUGUUGACGAUAUUUUUUCACUUGAACUUUUGCAAAGAGCUGCAUUAUACAAAGCAUGGAUUUUAGAAUUUGAAUCAAAUGUUCGCAGACUUAUUGAAACUGACCAGGUACAACAAGAUCCAAAGAUAAAUGAUGAAUUGAUAGAUAUCCUUUCUCAAGCAGAAAUCUCCAUUUUGAAAUUAGAUCAGCUUAAUACUUAUGUAAGCCGAUCGAACACAAAAAAGCAACUAAAGAAAUUGUUGAAAAUGAAACUCAAACAUGAAGGUAAUUGUUUAUCCCAAUGGCUGUGUGUGACUACUUCAAAGAAAUCAAUUUCAAAAAUUAAAAAGGUUCUUGAGGACAAUGUUUACCGCUAUGGCGACAGUUCGGCUGCAUACAAGAACUUUAUAACUGAUGGGGACGAUAUGGAGGAAGAACGGGAACUUGAUGAGGAAGAUCCAUACCUCUUAGACGCAUCAAAUCUGAAAAUGAAAAUAAAGAAAGCAGAGGCCAACCGCUCUCAUGAAAAGCAGGAUGGAGAGUGGAUUCAGAUUUGGAAUGAGAAAACACGUUCUCAUUUGAUUAGAACAAUGUUGAGAAAAUCAACAGUUCUAACUGCACAAAAAGCGGAGAAAAUGACUCAUCUGUGGGGAUUACCUCUUCAAAUGCGCAGAAAUUUGUAUGCUUACUGGGUCGAAAGUUACCGCACAUAUUGGAAAGAGAAGGUUCAACAGUACGAAAUGAAGUUUAAUGAAGCAACAAAAAAGCUUCAAGAGGUAAGGGAUAUGGAAACAAUUGAAACUUUAAGAGAUUCUGAUAUAAUGGGGAUGACAACCACUGGCGCAGCUAAAUACAGAAAUAUACUUCAACGUAUUUGUCCACAAAUAAUUAUUGUUGAAGAAGCCGCUGAGGUAUUAGAGUCACACAUAGUUACUACACUAAACAAAUCCUGCCAACAUCUAAUACUGAUUGGGGAUCACAAACAACUCCGACCAUCAACAACAGUAUAUGCUUUGGCCAAGAAGUUUAAUAUGGAUAUUUCAUUAUUCGAAAGAAUGGUACGCAACGGCAUUCCUUGUGUUACACUAAAUGAACAGCAUAGAAUGCGUCCCGAUAUAUCUAUGUUAUUGACCCAUGAAAACCUAUAUCCUGGACUUCGUAAUCAUCCUAGUGUUUAUGACUAUGAUAAUGUGAAAGGCGUAGAUAUAAACGUUCAGUUUAUAACCCACGAAGAAGAAGAAACAAGUUUAUUCGAAUCGACUACCUAUACAAAUCCGCAUGAAGCGAAAUUCGUUGCCAAGCUUUGUAGGUAUUUGCUCAAUCAAGGAUAUCGUCGUGAUGAAAUUUCAGUUAUAACACCCUAUAUGGGACAAGUCCUGCUAAUUCGAAAUGAAAUGCCAAAGUCAGACUUUGAAGGGGUUCGCAUUACAGCAGUCGACAAUUUCCAGGGCGAAGAAAAUGAAAUCAUCUUGCUGUCUUUAGUAAGGAGCAGAUCCAUCGAAAAUAUUCCACAAAAGAGAAACCCUAUUGGAUUCGUUGGAAUAGAAAAUAGGAUAUGUGUUUCCUUAUCGAGGGCGAAAAGGGGAUUUUAUGUUAUUGGAAACUUCAAACUCCUUGAGGAAUGUAGUGAUAUGUGGGCCUGUAUGAUUCACAAAAUGAGACAGAAAGGAUUGGUAAAAGAAGGUCUUGAACUCAGAUGUCAAAACCACCGAGAUACUGUGAUUUUCGCAAAAUCCGCUGCAGAUUUUAGAUAUGUGCCAGAAGGUGGAUGCAACCUUUCAUGUAAUGCAGAGUUAUCAUGUGGUCACUUCUGUCCAAAAAGUUGUCACCCAACGGACAGAGAUCACCAGACCAUCCUCUGCAUGAAACCAUGCGAAAAGAUAAUUUGUAGUGAACAACACCAGUGUACGAAGCAUUGUUACCAAGACUGUGGUCAAUGUGAAACACUUGUGGAGAAAGAGAUCCCAAUGUGUGGUCAUAAAACAUUAAUGUCCUGUCAUAAUGAUCCAUUUAAAUGGGAGUGCAAACAGAAAUGUGACUUUGAGUUGCCUUGUAAGCAUGCCUGCAAUAGACAAUGCUCAGAAUGCACCAAAGAUAAACAUCAUGAAACAUCAUGCAAGUUUGAAAUAGUCAAAAUUUUGGAAUGCGGACAUGAAAAAUCGAUGAUGUGUCACGAGGAUCCCAAAAUAGUUGACUGUGAAGAGAUGUGUGAGAGUACGCUUGAUUGCAAGCACAAAUGUUCAGGGCGGUGCGGGAAGUGUUUUGGUGGAAGAAUUCAUCAAGGCUGCAGCGCAUCAUGCGGAAAGAUUUUACCAUGUGGUCAUCAAUGUACAUUUCCUUGCAGUGAGUUUUGUCUGCCAUGUACAAAACCGUGCGAGUUCACCUGCUCUCAUGGUACCGAAUGUAAACGAAAAUGUUACGAAAAAUGCGAGCCUUGUAUUUAUGACUGCCACUUUAGUUGUGACAGACACAAAAUAAAAUGUACCUUGGGAUGCAAUGAGUUAUGUGAAGUUCAGCCUUGUUCUUCUGUUUGCGGAAAGGAACUAGAAUGCAAUGAAGGCCACAAAUGUAGAGGAAUAUGCAGGGAGAAAUGUUUUUGUAUCGAGUGUCAAAAAGAAAAAGUUAGAAUCGAUCAAGGAGAAGUGUUUGAUAAAAAUACAGUUUUUAUACAGCUCCCAAACUGUUUCUGUAUCUUGGAAGCAGGAAAAUUUGGUCGUCAUAUUAGAAAGGACAUAUUGGAAAGACAAAGGGGCUUUUGCAAACGAUGUCCCUAUUGCAACAAGCCAAUUACCAAGCACAUCAGAUCAUUUACAAAUGUUUUGAAGGAAACUAGAAACAAAGUUGUGAAAGAAUUUGAAAGACUAACAGGAACAAUACAGGAACGUCGAAUUAGAAUAGCGACUCUUUCGAAAGAAUUCAAACUGCUUGAGAGGAAAGGCCUUUCUAAAAAAGAUACUGAUAUUGUUUUAAGACAACUUUUGCCGUAUAAUUUUGGGUUUUUGCAUUAUGCCGAUACUAUGAAAGGCAGAAUAAGAGAGUUGUUAGAAAUCUUAAUUUUCAUGAAAGGUUCAUCUGCAUCAGUUGCAGUUCAGUAUGUUGAAGGGGUUGUUGAUCCAUUGAAGCUAAAAGAUAUGUUACUGAGAGGUAAACGUUUUACAACUACGCAGUUCUGGCGAGAAGUUGACCAAGAACUACAAAGACUGCGCCUAUGGGCUCAUUUCCACGUUCUUAAUGAAAGAACAGAAACUCUGGGAAAGGUACCAGAAGAAAUAGAUGAUAUAAUAACACAAGUUUUUCAGCUUAUCUCAAGGAGAGAGUUCAACCAAUCCAUAAAAACGACGUUAUCGACCAUUUACAAACGAACAAAUGCCUUACUGAAGGAAGGACAGCUUAGCGGCUUUAACAAUGUGAGCUAUAGGCAGCAGAUAGGAGAAAUUAAAUCACUGUUGGACGAAACACUAUAAAUCCCGUGAAUUAUAGUCAGAAUGAGAUGCACUGUAAAGAACAUACAUACAUUUUCUUGAAAAUAUAAUAAGUAAGAGUUUUUAGAACUGAACUUUUGACAUCUUGAUUACUUUUAUUGAUGAAACGUUAUUGUAACACAACUCUUUUAGAAUUUGACAUAUUACAUGUCUAAUUAUGUUUCAUUAUCUUAUCAUAAUAAAACUCCAGAUGAGGUGAGCAUUUUUUAAGAAAUUUUAAGAAAUUACUGAGCAAAAUCAUUUUGAGAUUUUACAUUUUUUAGAAAACUACUGUAUCCCAUGAUCAUUUACAUUACAGAUACCAACGACUGAAUUUAUGAGGCAUUCUUUUGUACAUGUUGUAGGUCAUUUUAUAGUUGUUGCUGUCGUUGUUUUUUUACUCAAGAUUUUAACAAUCGAUGCGAAUUUUUAUGUUAAUACCAGUCUAUAUUGCUUUUACUCUAAUGAAAAGUAAUGUAUUAAAAGUAUUUAGUAAGUGUUCAUUUGCUUUUAUGAAGUUUGCAUAACGUGCGUUUGUGAUGAGAAUUAUUUGAAUCCUUCAUGCUUAAUCACUGUGAAUUAUACUGAUGUACAGAUUAUAUUGGAUUAAACAUUAUGUCUCUUUUUAUUUUAGUAUAAUAUAUCCUUGUGUAUAUAUUAUCACGUUACAUUACUUCUUGUAUAAGUUGCCGGUCCACAGGUUGUGUAUAUGACUGGUCUGUAUUUAAAAUGUUUGCUGGGCUGAAAAGCGGUGAAAAUAUAUUCCUCAUAUCACGUAGUAAAACUCUUAUAGAUUUAUUGUUGCUUGGGACAAAUAGUUUUGACUGUUUACUGGCAAACAUUCAAAGUGUGCGUGCGUGCGUGUGUGCUCAAAUGACGUACUAAUUAUCUGCUAUUGAAAUUAGCUUCAUUGAUAAUCAUGCGAUAUACUGUACAACACAUGUGGUAGUCUGUGCAACAUAAGUGGUAAAGGAAAAAUUUUGCCAGAGUACAUCCACAACUGCCGCAAAAAACGCAUGACCUAGACAUUUUUACUAAUCUGUUUGUGUUAACAGUUUUUCUUUGAUGGCGUCAAAAAGUUAGGAAUACGAAUCGGAUUUAUUGUAAAUAGUUAUAUUUUUCAGACUGGGUUUGAUAAGAAUUUACUCGUAAUGUUUUAAUGUUUAUGGUUAUACUUAACGUAUCAACGAUAAUUAAGAUGCUAUUUCUGUACCUAGAAUUUGUAUAAACAUUUGUUGUAUACAUUACAGAUUAACGUGUUAAUAUCAUAUUUUAAUGCGAAUAGAUUUAUCUAAUUCUCUGCAAUUAAAAGAAAUCGGGUAUAUUUGACGGAGACUUACUACAAAUCCUUUUUACACAAUCUGUUUAUAGAGUGAAAUUGUUGAGUGAACACCGCUUGUCAAUCUUGUCCAUGUUAUAUCAAUGCAAUGAAAAAGUUAUCUAUCUAUGUUACCUGCAUGCUAUACAGGAUAACACAAGCAUGCAUCUAACAUACUUAUUUUUUCAUACUUCUAAAUAUUUUCCUCAUACUUAGACGCAUAUAUAGGUAGCAGAGAUUUUUCUCUUUCCAGCAGUAGUAUUCUCAACAAAUUUUACCUUGAGAAAUUCUAUGUGUUUUAACAUUUAAAAAAAAUCGCCUGUUUGUUGACAAAUUUCACAACAAAAAUGUUACAUGUUCUACAGGGCAUUUCUUGAUUUGGUUUUACAUAUUUUUCUUUUCAUAUUACAGACUAUUUGAGAAAUACUGCAUGCUUUUUCUCAUUCAUAGAGACAAAGAGUGCAUGGUUAGCAGGAAUUAAUAGCUAUGUAGUCACUAAAGUCACCAUUUCUUUCCAAAUACAUUACACUGUAUCAUUUAUAACCUUAAGAAUGAGUUUUAGUGCCCUUAAUUAUAACGACAAUUAAAUAAAGCAAUAGAAAUUAUUAUGCGAUUCAGUGAGCUCAACUAAACAAUUUCAAGCACA